AUGGAGAAGGGAGCCGGAGGGAAGUGGGGCAGCGGCUCCUUUAAACGAGUUUCCAUCAAACGCUCGGCAUCCAGUGCCUCCAAUAGGGCCCAGAAAGCGUGGAUCGAGAGGAUCUUUCAGAAGAGAGAAUGUAUUCACAUAUUCCCCAGCAAGGACCCUACAAGAUGUUCGUGUGGUCAGCUCAUAACUCAGCACGUGGUGAUCCCGCUGGGCGCUCUGACUAACAAGCUGUCGGAAGAGAACUAUCAGCUAGUCCAGAUCGACCCGCCCCAGCAGGAGAGGUGGUCUGUGGCCAAAAACACACAGACCUCCCCCACGGAUGCCUUCGGGACCAUCGACUUCCAGGGUGGAGGCCUCAUCAACAAGGCAAUGUACAUCAGAGUGUCCCAUGACUCUAAGCCAGACAAUCUGCUCCAACUGAUGGUGAAAGACUGGCAGCUGGAACUCCCCAACCUGCUCAUCUCCAUCCACGGAGGCCUGCAGAACUUUGACCUGCAGCCCAAACUCAAACAGGUUUUAGGGAAGGGACUCAUCAAGGCUGCAGUCACCACCGGAGCAUGGAUCUUCACUGGUGGAGUCAGCACUGGUGUGAUUCGUCACGUGGGGGAUGCCCUGAAGGACCACUCCUCUAAGUCCAGAGGGAAGGUAUGUGCCAUCGGUAUCGCUCCCUGGGGCAUCAUAGAGAACAAGGAGGACCUCAUCGGUAGAGAUGUAACACGGCCGUACCAGACCAUGUCCAACCCGCUGUCCAAGCUGUCUGUCCUGAACAACAGCCACUCCCACUUCAUCCUGGCCGACAACGGCACUACAGGGAAGUACGGAGCUGAGGUGAAGCUACGCCGCCAGCUGGAAAAACACAUCUCACUGCAGAAGAUCAACACACGCCUGGGCCAGGGGGUCCCGUUGGUGUGUCUGAUAGUAGAGGGAGGUCCUAAUGUCAUCUCCAUCACCCUGGAGAGUCUGAAGGAGGAACCUCCCGUCCCCGUGGUGGUCUGUGAUGGCAGCGGGAGGGCAUCGGACAUCAUGUCCUUCGCUCACAGAUACUGCGAGGAGGGAGGUCUGAUAACUGACGACGUGAGGGACCAGCUGCUGGUGACCAUACAGAAGACCUUCAACUAUAGUAAGAGCCAAUCACAGCAGAUCCUGCUCAUGGUCAUGGAGUGCAUGAAGAAGAAGGAGCUGAUAACAGUGUUUCGAAUGGGUUCUGAAGGACAGCAAGAUAUUGAAAUGGCCAUUCUGACUGCUUUAUUAAAAGGAACCAACGCCUCUGCCCCGGACCAGCUGAGUCUAGCUCUGGCCUGGAACAGAGUGGACAUAGCACGCAACCAGAUCUUUGUCUACGGUCACCAUCUACCACCUGCCAGUGCCCUAGCUAACAGCAGUGGUACCGUAGCCACUACCACAGAGAGGCCGAAGAGUCCAGCCGCUGCCCCCAGGAACAAGGCCAAGGCCCGGGGGAAAAAGGGGAAGGGAGGGAAGGCAAAGCCUGAACCACCAGAGGAGACUGACCCCAGGAAGAUAGAACUACUGCGAUGGGUGAACUCUCUGGAGCAGGCCAUGAUGGAUGCCUUGGUGCUGGACAGGGUGGACUUUGUCAAGCUGCUGAUAGAGAACGGCGUCAACAUCCACCACUUCCUCACCAUUCCUCGCCUGGAGGAGCUGUACAACACGAGACUGGGUCCUGCUAACACGUUGCAUGUUGUGGUGAGAGAUGUCAAGAAGGGCAACCUCCCGCCAGACUACCAGAUCACUCUGAUUGACAUUGGUCUGGUGAUGGAGUACCUGAUGGGUGGGGCUUACCGCUGUAACUACACCAGGAAGAACUUCAGGGCGCUUUACAACAACCUCUAUGGGCUGAAGAGGCCAAAAGCCUUGAAGAUGCUGGGGCUGGAGGACGACGAGCCGAGGGGAAAGAAGAAGAAAGGGAAGAAGAAGAAAGAGGAGGAGGUAGAGAUAGAUGUGGACGACCCUGAGGUCUGUCGCUUCACCUACCCCUUCCACGAGCUGAUGGUGUGGGCCGUUCUCAUGAAGCGCCAGAAGAUGGCGCUGUUUCUGUGGCAACGUGGGGAGGAGGCCAUGGCCAAGGCUCUGGUGGCCUGUAAGCUAUACACAGCCAUGGCUAAAGAGUCAUCUGAAAUGGUGGACGAUAUCGCCCAGGACCUGGACAACAACUCCAAGGAGUUUGGCCAGCUUGCCUACGAGCUCCUGGACCAGUCCUAUAAGCACGAUGAACAGGUGGCCAUGAAGCUGCUGACGUAUGAGCUGACCAACUGGAGCAACUCUACCUGUCUAAAGCUGGCCGUGGCCGCCAAGCACAGAGACUUCAUCGCCCACACCUGCAGUCAGAUGCUGCUGACCGACAUGUGGAUGGGAAAUCUGAGAAUGGGGAAGAACCCUGGGCUUAAGGUGAUUCUGGGCAUCAUAUUCCCUCCAUCAAUUCUGUUGCUGGUGGACUUCAAAGGAGAAGACCAGUCCUACACAGCUGACUCUGAAGAAGGGAAAGACAAGGACGAUGACGCUGGCAAGGAUGACGUUGUGUCAAGGAAGGGGGAUGAAGAGGAGGGCAGCAGUAAUGUCAGGAGGAAGCCCAUUGGACGGAGGAUCUAUGAGUUCUAUGAUGCCCCGUUCACCAAGUUCUGGUUCAACACCAUCUCCUACCUGGGCUACCUGAUGCUGUAUAACUACAUAAUCCUGGUGAAGAUGGAGCGAUGGCCGUCCAUCCAGGAGUGGACCGUCAUUGCCUACAUCCUAACGCUCGGCUUCGAGAAAGUCAGACAGAUCCUAAUGUCAGAGCCUGGGAAGCUGAAGCAGAAGAUCAACGUAUGGCUGCAAGAGGUCUGGAACAUCACUGACCUGGCAGCCAUCUCCACCUUCCUGGUUGGCCUUCUGCUGAGGCUGCAGAACGAACCCCUCCUGGGCAUCGGACGUGUCAUCUACUGCAUAGACAUCAUCUUCUGGUACAUCAGGGUGCUCGACAUCUUCGGGGUCAACAAGUACCUGGGACCCUAUGUCAUGAUGAUUGGGAAAAUGAUGAUCGACAUGCUGUACUUCGUGAUAAUCAUGUUGGUGGUGUUGAUGAGUUUCGGGGUGUCGCGGCAGGCCAUCUUGCACCCUGAUGAGGAGCCAACAUGGCGUUUGGCCAGAAACAUCUUCUACAUGCCCUACUGGAUGAUCUAUGGAGAGGUGUUUGCUGACUCGAUCGACCUCUAUGCAAUGGAAAUCAACCCGCCGUGUGGUGAGAACCUGUACGAUGAGGAUGGUAAGAAGCUGCCUCCAUGUAUCCCUGGAGCCUGGCUGACCCCAGCCAUCAUGGCCUGUUAUUUACUGGUGGCCAACAUCCUGCUGGUCAACCUGUUGAUUGCUGUUUUCAACAACACUUUUAUGGAGGUGAAGGCCAUCUCCAACCAGAUCUGGAAGUUCCAGAGAUAUCAGCUGAUUAUGAUCUUCCAUGACCGUCCGAUCCUCCCUCCGCCCCUCAUCGUGUUCAGUCACCUCUACCUCCUGUUCAGAAGCUUUCGCUGCACCAAGAAGAAUGAUGGAGAUCUGAAUGAGAAGGACAGAGGACUCAAGCUACGGCUAAACCCUGAGGAGCUGAAGGCUCUAUUUGAGUUUGAGGAGCAGUGUGUGGAGGAAUACUUCAGAGAGAAGGAAGACGAGCACCAUUCAUCCAGUGACCAGAGGAUCAAGGUCACAUCAGAACGGGUGGAGAACAUGUCCAUGCGUCUGGAGGAGGUGAAUGAGCGGGAGAACACCAUGAAGGCGUCCCUGCAGACAGUGGACCUUCGUCUGGCUCAGCUGGAAGACAUCCACAGCCGCAUGAUGAACGCCCUAGAGAAGCUGGCUGGGGUCGACCAUUCAGAGCUUAAACGCUCCCACUCCACACACUCCUCCUACUGCGACCCGUCCUCCCUGCUCCGAGCCAGCUCCAUCAACAGCGCUGACGGCUACAGCAUGUACCGCUUCCAGAUGGACGUGGAGGAAGCUGAGAGGAAAGCCCAGCUUGGCAAUGAGAGGCAGGACAGUGUACGGUCUCGCCUAGGGUCUGAGAGGCAGGGCAGCGUGCUGUCUCGUCUAGGGUCUGAAAGACAGGGCAGCGUACUGUCUCGUCUAGGGUCUGAAAGACAGGGCAGUGUCAGCAGAACAUCCAACCUGUCUGUAGGUCCGGAGAGACAGGGCAGUCUACAGAAAUUGUCUAGCGCAUCUACCCUGACUGUAGGCCGGGAGCGACAUGGCAGCCUACAAACCAGAGUUUCCAAGGACUACGGCCAGCCGUUAGACAUGGACAGAGCAGACAGGACACGGCCCAGCUCCCAUGUGGACAUCCUGAUCUCCCCAUGUGAACAAAGGGCUGAAGGGGAGACAGAUGGAGGAGAAACCAAGUCUGACAUACCUAAAGACAAAGUACCAGAUCCCACAGAUCCACUGGAUGCUGCAUUAGCUAAAGCAGGUCUACCAAGAGAGAAGACCAAGCUGGAGAAGUCUAGAUCUGUUAAAUGCUAUCCCAGCAACCCUGUGGAUCACUGCAUUACCUCUAGAAGCAGGGCUAAGAGCACUAUCCUCUACGACCAAACUGCUGCCAAUUGCGAGGCCCUCUGGGUUGCAGACUACAAUCCUAAACAGGAAUCCCCAGACAGUAGAGAUCCUCUGGAUAGUGCAUUAGCUAAAGAAGGUCUGCCAAGAGAAAUGUCCAAGCUGGUGGCAACCAUGUCCUCCCCAUUGGCGAAGUUUAUCCAUCCUAUCCCAUACUACCACACCACACCUCCAUUUACCCCUCGAUCCACUAGGACCAGGGCUAAAAGCAACAUCUCCCCAACCACAGCAAGGGAUGAGAGUGAGGCCCUCUGGGCUGCAGACUACAGAUCUGUAAUAGACCAGGUAUCCGAUGCUCCAGGCCAGUUGCCAGCUUGUUGGGAGUACAAGGUCCACCACAUCCACAUCGGUCAACAGCCCAAGGUCUCUGUGGUCAGGCCUCAUGGCCAGCUACCUGACACACAGAGAUUCUCUGAACCUGAAAAACUAGAGUCUAACAUGGUUCCUCUGAUUCCACCAGCUGUAGAGACUGAACUACUUAAACAGCAUUCUGACAUGGUUCAACAAGAUGCUUUGCUGGUUCCACCAGAGGCUUUGCUGGUUCCUCCAGACAUUAAGUUGUCACCUCCUCCUCCGACUGAGCUGGAUCCUCCAGAGACUGAGUUGGUUCCACGAGUUCUUCCACUGGGUCCUCCAACUAUAGCAACAUACCUGGAUCUUCCAACCAUAAAAACACACCUGGUACCUCAAACCAUAGAGAGGGAACUAGUUAUUCCAGCUAUAGAGACUGAACUAGUUGUUCCAGCUAUAGAUACUGCACUAGUUAUUCCAGCUACAGAGACUGAACAAGAUGGUCCAACCACAUACACUGGAUUCAUUAUUCCAACCAUAGAGAGUGAGCUACUUAUUCCAACCAUAGAGAGUGAGCUACUUAUUCCAUCUAUAGAGAGUGAACUACUUAUUCCAUCUAUAGAGACUGAACUACAAAUUCCAAUCAUAGAGACUGAACUUAAAAUUCCAAACAAAGAGACUGAACUUCUUAUUUCAACCAGAGACUAAAAUAGUUAUUCCAGCUGUAGAGACUGAACUACUUAUUCUAACCAUAAACUAAACUAAUUCCUCCAACCAUAGAGACUGAACUAGUAAUUCCAACCAUAAACACUGAACAAGGUAUCCCAGCUAUAGAGACUGAACUAAGUAUUCAAACCACAGAGAAUUAACUAGAUAUUACAACCAUAAAGAUUAAACUUGCUAUUCCAGCUAUAGAGACUGAAGUAGUUAUUCCAGCUACAGAAACUGAAUUGGUUAUUCUAACCAUAGACUGAACUAGUUAUUCCAAAUAAACAAUCUGAACUCGUUAUUCCAACCAUACAGACUGAAAUAGUUAUUCCAACCACAGGGACUGAACUAGUUAUUCUAACAAUAGACACUGAACUAGUUCCUCAAAUAACAUACACUGAACAAGUUAUUCCAACCACAGAGACUGAAGUAGUUAUUCCAGACAUAGAGACUCAGUAGGUUACUCCAGCUAUACAGACUGAAAUAGUUGUUUCAAACAUUGAGGCUGAACCAGUUAUUCCAACAAUAGAGAUGUAACUAGUUAUUCCAGCCAUAGACUGAACUAGUUAUUCCAACCACCGAGACCAAACUAGUUAUUCCAACAAAAGACAAUGAACUAGUUCCUCAAAUAACAGACUGAACUAAUUAUUCCAGAGACAUAGACUGAGCUAGUUAUUCCAGCUAUAUACAGACAAGUAUUGAGACUGAACAAGUUAUUCUAACAACAGAGAGUUAAAUAGUUAUGGCAAAUAUAUACUGAACUAGUUCAUCCAAUCAUAAAGACUGAAGUAGUUAUUCCAACUAUAGCUACAGAACUAGUUAUUCUAGCCAUACAGACUAAACUAGUUGUUCCAACAAUAUACACUGAACUAGUUAUUUCACCAAUAUACGCUGAACUAGUUCCUCCAAUAGUAAAUACUUAUUAUUAUUAUUAUUAUUAUUAUUAUUAUUAUUAUUCCAACCAUUAAGACUGAAAUAGUUAUUGCAAUUAUGGAGAUGGAACCAGUUAUAACAACCAUAGAGACUGAACUAGUUAUUUCAACAAGAUACACAUAACUAGUUCCUCAAACAGAGACCUGAACUAGUUAUUCCAACCAUAGUGAUUGAACUUGUUAUUCCAACCAUAGAGGAUGAAUAUUUUUUUUCCAGUCAUAGAGAAUAAUCUAGUUAUUCCAGCUGUACAGACUGAAAUAGUUAUUUCAACUAAACUACUUAUUCCAUUAAUAGAGACUGAAAUAGUUAUUUCAACUAAACUACUUAUUCCAUUAAUAGAGACUGAAAUAGUUAUUUCAAAGAUAUGCUGAACUAGUAUCUCGAAACAUAAGAGACUGAAAAUGUUUUUCCAACCGAAGAGCUUGAGCAAGUUAUUCCAACAUUAGAGACUGAACUAGUUAUUCCAACAUUAGAGACUGAACUAGUUAUUCCAACAUUAGAGACUGAACUAGUUAUUCCAACAUUAGAGACUGAACUAGUUCGUUCAAUCAUACAGACUGAACUAGUUAUUCCAGCUAGAGUCUGAACUAGUUUUUCAAAGAGAGACUGAACUAGUUAUUCCAGCCAUAGAGACAGAACUAGUUAUUCCAGCUAGAGUCUGAACUAGUUUUUCAAAGAGAGACUGAACUAGCUAUUCCAGCCAUAGACUCUGACUUAGUUAUUCCAGCCAUAGAGACAGAACUAGUUAUUCCAACAAUAGAAACUUAACUAUUUAUGUCAAUAUACAUUGAAAUAGUUCCUCCAGCAAGAGAUACUAAACUAAUUAUUGCAACCAUAAGACUGAACUAGUUAUUCAAAUUUUAGAGACAUAACCAGUUAUUCCAACCAUAAAGACCAAACUAGCUAUUCCAGCUAUAGAGACAGAAUUAUUUAUUACAGCUAUAGAUACUGAAGUAGUUAUUCCAGCUAUAGAGACUGAACUAGUUGUUCCAGAUAUAGAUACUGAAGUAGUUAUUCCAGCUAUAGAUACUGAACUAGGUAUUCCAGACACAGAGACUAAACAAGUUAGUCCAACCAUAGAGACUGAACUAGGUAUUCCAAACAUAUACACCGGAUUAGUUAUACCAACCAUAGAGACUGAACUACUUAUUCCAGGUAUAGAGAGUGAACUACAUAUUCCAAGCAUAGAGGCUGAACUACAAAUUCCAACCAUAAAGACUGAACUGCUUAUUCCAACCAGAGACUGAACUUCUUAUUCAAACUGAAGACUGAACUAGUUCCUCCAACCAUAUAGACAGAAUUAGUUAUUAAAACCCAUGGAGACUAAACUAGUUAUUCCAAACUUAGAGACUGAAGUAGUUCCCCCAACCAUACAGACUGAAGUAUUCCAACUAUAGAGACCGAACAAGUUAUUCCAGCUAGAGUCUGAACUAGUUUUUCAAAGAGAGACUGAACUAGUUAUUCCAACCACAGAAAAUAAAUAAUGUUUCCAGUCAUAGAGAUUGAUCUAGUUAUUCCAGCUAUACAAACUGAACUAGUUAGUCCAACCAUAGAGACUGAACUAUAUAGUUCAAUCAUAGAGACUGAACUAGAUAUUUCAAACAUAUACUGAACUAGUUCCUCGAACCAUAGAGACUGAAUACGUUUUUCCAACCAAAGAGACUGAGCAAAUUAUUCCAACCUUAGAGACUGAACUAGUUCCUUCAAUCAUACAGUCUGAACUAACUAUUCCAACCAUAUAAACUGAACUAGUGUUUCAAAUCAUGGAGACAGAAGUAGUUAUUCCAACAAUAAAAACUGAACUAUUUAUGUCAACAAUAUACAUUGAAAUAGUUCCUCCAGCAAGAGAUACUGAACUAAUUUUCCAACAAUUUAAAGUUAACUAGUUGUUCAAAUUUUAGAGACAUAACCAGAUAUUCCAACCAUAGAGACUGAAAAGUUAUUAGAACCAUAGUGACUGAACUAGUUAUUCCAACUAUGAAGCUGAACUAGCUAUGUCAGCAAUAGAGAUGGAACUAGCUAUUCCAGCUAUAGAUACUGAAGUAGUUAUUCCAAUAAUAGUCACUGAAUUAGUUAUUCCAAUAAUAGUCACUGAAUUAGUUAUUCCAAUAAUAGUCACUGGAUUAGUUAUUCCAACAAUAGACACUGAAAUAGUUCCUCUAACAAAAUAUACUGAUGAAGUUAUUCCAACCAUUAAACAUGAACUAUUUAUUCUAAUUAAAGAGACUGAAACAGUUAUUCCAACCAUAGAUACUGAACUAGUUAUCCCAACCAUAUACUGAACUAUGUCCUCCAACCAUUAAGAUUGAACUAGUUAUUCUAAAGAUAUUGAACAAGUUAUUCCAGUUAUAGAGACCGAAGUAGUUCAUUCAACCAUGGGGACUGAACUAGUUAUUCUACUAUAUAGACUGAACUAGUUCUUCCAACCAUAGAGACUGAACUCGUUAUUCCACAUAUAGAGACUGAAUUAGCUAUUCCAGCUGUAAAGAUUGAACAUAUUCCAAAUAUAAAGACUGAACAAGUUAUUCCAGCUACACACACUGAACUAAUCAUUCCAGCUUUACAGACUGAACUAGUUAUCGCAACAAUAGAGACUGAACUAGUUAUUCCAACCAUUGAGACUGAACUAGUUAUUUCAACUAUAGAGACUGAUCUAGUUAUUUAAACCAUAGAGACAACUAAUUAUUCCAAACAUAGACAUAAUUAGUUAUUUCAACCAUUGAGACUGACCUAGUUAUUCCUGCUAUAGAGACUUAAAUAGUUAUUCCAACCACAGUGAAUGAACUAGUUGUUCCAACCAUAGACACUGAACUAGUUAUUCCGGCUCUAGUAACUAUGUAUUCCAUCCAGAGUGAUUUAACUAGCUAUUCCAACUAUAGACUGAAUAAAUUGUUUCAACCAUUGAGACUGAACUAGUUAUUCCUACAAUAGAGACUGAAUUAGGUAUUCCAACUGUAGAGACUGAACUAGUUAUUCCAAGCAAAAAGGCUGAACUAGUUAUUCCAGCUAUAGUGACUGAACUACACAUUACUACCAAAGUGAUUGAAUUAGUUAUUCUAACCGUAGAGACUGAUCUAGUUAUUCCAAACAACAGACUGAGCUAGUUAUUCCAACCAUAGACACUUUAUUUAUUUUUGCUACGGGUGGGUGCUGCUAUGGUGACCAGUGAGCUGAGAUGAGACGGGGCUUUACCUAGCAAAGACUUAUAGAUGACCUGGAGCCAAUGGGUUUGGCAACGAGUAUGAAGCGAGGGCCAGCCAACAAGAGCAUACAGGUCGCAGUGAUGGGUAGUAUAUGGGGCAUUGGUGACUAAACGGAUGGCACUGUGAUAGACUGCAUCCAGUUUGCUGAGUAGAGUGUCGGUUGUAAAGCAUGCAUUUAGUUUUACUUGCAUGUAAGAGCAGUUGGAGGCCAAGGAAGGUGAGUUGUAUGGCAUUGAAGCUCGUUUGGAGGUUAGUUAGCACAGUGUCCAAAAAGGGCCAGAUGUAUACAGAAUGGAGUCAUCUGUGUAGAGGUGGAUCAGAGAAUCACCAGCAGCAACAGGAACAUCAUUGAUAUAUACAGAGAAAAGUGUCGGCCCAAGAAUUGAACCCUGUUGCACCCCCAUAGAGACUGCCAGAGGUCCGGACAACAGGCCCUCCGAUUUGACACACUGAACUCUAUCUGAGAAGUAGUUGGUGAACCAGGCAAGGCAGUCAUUUGACAAACCAAGGCUUUUGAGUCUGUCGAUAAGAAUGCGGUGAUUGACAGUCGAAAGCCUUGGCCAGGUCGAUGAAUACGUCUGCACAGUAUUGUCUCUUAUCGAUCGAUGGUGGUUAUGAUUUUGUUUGGGACCUUGAGUGUGCUGAGGUGUACCCAUGACCAGUUCGGAAACCAGAUUGCAUAGCGGAGAAGGUACAGUGGGAUUCUAAAUGCUCAGUGAUCUGUUUGUUGACUUGGCUUUCGAAGACUUUAGAAUGGCAGGGCAGGAUAGAUAUAGGUCUGUAGUAGUUUGGGUCUAGAGUGUCUCCCCCUGUAAAGAGGGGGAUGACCGCAGCAGCUUUCCAAUCUUUGGGGAUCUCAGACGAUACGAAAGAGAGGUUUAACAGGCCAGUAAUAGGGGUUGCAACAAUUUUGGCAGAUAAUUUUAGAGAGGGUCCAGAUUGUCUAGCCCGGCUGAUUUGUAGGGGUCCAGAUUCUGCAACUCUUUCAGAACAUCAGCUGUCUGGAUUGGGGUGAAGGAGAAAUGGGGGAGGCUUGGGCAAGUUGCUGUGGGGGUGAAGGGCUGUUGACUGGGGUAGGGGUAGCCAGAUAAGGCGGGGCUUUACCUAGCAAAUAUUUAUAGAUGACCUGGAGCCAAUGGGUUUGGCGAUGAAUAUGAAGCAUAGGCCAGCUCUAGUUGCUCAAACAACAGAGACUGAAACAUUAUUCCAACCAUAGAGACCGAACUAGCUUAGCCGAACUUGCUAUAGUGAAUGAUCUCCUUACUCCAACAAUAGCAAUUGAAAUAGUUAUUCUAUCUAUAUAGACUGAAGUAGUUGUUUCAACCAUAGAGACCUAAAUAGUUAUUCCAAACAUAGACUGCAUUUGUUAUUUCAACCAGUGAGACUGAAUUAGUGAUUCCUAUUAUAUGAACUAGUUAACUAUGAACUAGUUAUUCUAACCAAAGAGGUUGAACUCGUUAUUCCAAAAAUAGAGAUUGAACUAUUUAUUCCAACCAUUGAGACUGAAUUAGUAAUUUCAACAAUAGAGACAAACUAGUUAUUCCAGCUAUAGAGAUUGAGGAGGACCCCACCCAGGUCUGGCAGGCUACUGGCCCAGUCAAGGCUACCUGCUGAGGUCCCUAAGGUCUAAGGGUUGGAACGCCAGCAACCGGAAGGGAAGAGCCUGGGAUAGAGCAUAGAGAAACCAAGAGCCACUAGCAGUGACAAAGACCACUGUCAAACACUCCAGGAUCAUCCACAAUUUGACCACUGUCAAAUACUCCAGAACCAUCCAGCACUGGACCACUGUCAAAUACUCCAGAACCAUCCAGCACUCCUGCUGAACACUUGUAGUCCCGGUCAAAUGUAAACUGUCCUACAAAAAUAAUACUUUUUCACUAAUCAACCUCCCGGAAUAAAUUAUUUUCCCUAUAUAGUAUUGUGGGGAUGAAAAAUAAAAACUGCAUCAUUGUAAUACCUACAAAAUUAGAAUAAAAUAAAUAAUCUAUUGCCA